CAAUUUAAAUGCCUGUACACUAUAACAUAGGUGCAGUCAAUCAGAGUCUAUUUCUCUUGAUGACACCAUCAUGCGACGCUCUGGGCUGUUGAUUUUGGGUCUCCUCCUAAACGUAGCUCAUUGCUUGGGAAUCCUGGGUGCGAGCGAGGAGCCGUACGUGGAGGUCACUGACGUCACAGCGGUCCUGGGAGAGGUCGCGUACCUGAGCUGUAGAUAUCAGGGUCAGAGUGAGGUGCAGAGCGCCCACUGGGUCCGUCAGCUUAACUCCAGACUCAAAUCCAAGAAACUGGCGGGAUUUUCAAAUGGUCAGCUGUACAGCAGCAGUGACCUCUCAGUGCCACACUCUGUCAACAACCUGACAGUGAGGAUGACCGUGUCCAGUGUGGCCGUGGAGGGAGAAUACAUCUGCGAGUUUGAAACCGAGGAGGGGACUCUCCUAGACAGAGCAUAUGUCACUGUAGUAGCUCGGCCUGAUAUCCAAGUCCUGGUGUCUGCUGAGACGGUGAACGGCACUCACUACCAGUCAGUGUCGUGCGUCGUCGGCGACGGCAGGCCCGCGCCUCAGAUCACCUGGCUGGUCAACAACCUCCCUCCCUCAGAUCCUCAGAUCUUCACCGUGAGUGAGAGCGACGUCACGGCUCACUCAAACGGCACGUUCAGCCAGAGCAGCACCCUGCGCUUCCCCACCCACCUGCAAGACGAGGACAGCGUGACUUGUGCCGUUCGACACCCAACCCUCCCAAACCCCAAACUCACCACAGUAAGGGUGGAAACAUAUGCGAGGCCAAAUGUGACCAUUAAAGCAGAGAUGGUACAAAAAGGAGGAAAUGAGUUCUGGGUGGUCUCGUGCAUUUCAUCUGGAGGGAGACCUGACACUGAUAUCUGGUUGUCUUUGAACUGCGAUGAAGAGCCGCAGAGAGAGAACAGCACAGACUCAGACACAGGGCAGAGCAGCUCCGUCGUCCUCCCCGCGACGGCGUACGAGGGCUGCAACGUCACCUGUGUCUUUGACCAUCCCAAAUUUACACACACAGAGUCCCGGGCCGUCACGCUGCCGUCUUUCUAUUUGUCUGGAGUUCAGUUGAUCAACUCUGAGUCGACCAUCGACGGUGAAGGAGCUGAAAACCUGCAGCUGCGGGAGGGAGAGAGUGAAGUUGUUAUCGGCCUGGAGGUCACUGGGAACGUGCCGAGAUACGAUGUUACAUGCACAAAAGAUGCUGGGCCUUUGCCUGAAGGUUUGGAGCUGGUUGGCAGUUACCUCACAGUUCACGGUCCUGUCGAGCAGCAGCGGCACGCGGGCCUGUAUGAAUGUGUCGUCUCCUAUCACCAUCUUAAAGCAACGGUGCACAUCAACAUCACAGUUCACGUUCCUCCCAGGAUACGAGUGGAUUUGCAGACUAAAGGUGGACACAGGGUGAUUGAGUGCUCAGCAGAUGAUGCUGUUCCCGCAGCCAACGUAUCCUGGCUUCUACCAAAGGGUGUGUCGGGAGUCUCUUGGUCCAAUUUCACUUCUCAUAAUGGAAGCCACUCUGUCAGGGGAGUUAUUCUCCUCCCUGCCUGCUCGCCUCGGGAACUCACUGCAGAGUGUGUGAUAAAUCACCCAGCGUUUGAGGAGCCAGAGAGCAGGAGCAUAACACUGCCUCAUUGCGCUCAGACUAACAUCACCAUCAACUCCAGCACCGACUGGAGACACGGUGAACAGUUCACACAGGUGGACUGCUCUGCAGACAGCGUCGCCCCUGCACCAGUAAUAACCUGGUAUGUUGGGAACAGUGACAACAGCAUCACCAGUAACCUUUCAGAGACUGAAGUAAAGGCGGACGGUUCGGUUUCAGCCCGUAGCUCCGUGCACUUCUUGUCGUCUUUGUAUGCCGGGCAGAAUUUGACCUGCAUGGUCGAGCAUCCAAGCACGGAGGCGGCAGAGAACCGAACGAUACACAUUCCCGCGCAGAAGGCCCCUCAGCUGAGUGUGUCACUGGUGAGACAGCAGGACUCUCAUCUCUGGCUGGCAGUGUGCAGUGUGUGUGAGUGCAGAGGGGAGGGUGUCGAGACAAACCUCACCUGGGUGCUUCCCGAAAAUGCCAAAGGUCAAACAUCCCUGCACGCAGAGUAUGAAGGACACUCCCUGAAAACCAGGCUGACUUAUCAGUUCCCUUUGGCCCUUCAUGAAGGUCAGGACCUGACCUGCGUUUACCAGUUUAAACACGGGGUCACAGAGAGGAGGACCGUUCACGUCCCUAGAUACUAUAUAUCUGCUGUGCGAGUCCUGAACCACACGACACCUCUGAGAAACCGCCACGCUGAUGCAGCCGUCAUACACAGAUUAACUCUCCAGGAAAAUCAUCACAACCAGAGAAUACUGCUGCGAGUCGAAGGCAACGUGCCACAGUAUGACCUCAGCUGUAAGAGGAGCGGCGGCGCACUCGUCCGCAUGGAGGGACUCGAAAUGGUCUUCCCGUCAGAAAUCACAGAGGAAGACAGAGGCCUGUACACCUGCUGUGCUUCCUUCUAUCACCACGCAGCCACAGUCAAGAUUCAAGUGGAGGUCAUGAGCGAGAGCAAACUCUUUGGAUUGAUAGCCCUGACUUGCCUUUCUGUAGCCCUGACCAUCAUCUCCAUCCUCGCCGUCACUCUCUGGGUGUGCUGCACAAGAAACAACAGGAAGCAAAAUAAGAAGCGGGGUUCUCUCUCGGCUUUGACGAGUCAGAUGCAGGAGCCCGGUUCUCCUGAGGUGAAGAAGCCGGCGGUGAUGGAAAAUGAGAGUAAGGAGUAUGCUCAGCUGCUCAGCUACUCCAUCGUCAUCGACGUGAAGAGCACGGUGUGAAGAGGACGAGGUGUUGUGAACGUUCAGCUUUACAUUCUGCACAAACUUGAUAUGAGAGUUUGUUCUCAGAGCAGAAAAGUCUGUGAAUUCAGUGUUUUUUUAUAUGACUGUAGCAUUUGAAGUCUUGUGAUUUUUUUUAUUGAAACAGCAUUAUUGAAGUUUUAUUUUGACCGAUGAUUUAUAAUGCAUUAUUCUUUUUGGCACUUUUUCAUGUUACUUGAAUUUCCCAUUGUUGUGCACAUUGUAUUCUCAAUUAAAUCAUGACUUUAAUAAUA